UCGCACUCGGUCGGGGCGGCCGAAUCAGCGCCUGUUUUUUUAGCAUUUUCGAAUCGACCCAGCGUAUUAACAGGGGGGGCUCCCGACGAUUAGCAUAAGUUACUAUGAUAGUGGAACGCUUGUUAUAACGUUUAAAUGUCAAGAUUUUAUUUUUUUGUCGCCAACAGCGUCCUCGUUCUCUAUGUUCUCGGGUCAUCGGCGCAAGCGGGAACCACAGGGAGCCCAUGUGAGUCGGACAGUGACUGUCGCCGGGCGAGCCACUAUGCGUGUCACAACCACAGCUGUGCCUGCCAGGUCGGCCACCACGAAGAGCUAGUCAACUCCAGCCUCUCCUGUGUCUUUGUUGGGGUGCCGGUGGGGGAGCGCUGCUUGUCAGACGAGUCCUGCAUCAACCGCAACCGAACUCACUGUGGAAGCCGGCACAUCUGCGUCUGCCGCCGGGGAUAUUACGAACAUGGUGGCGUCUGCAAAACUGGCCGCAAGCUCGGCGACCCAUGCCGGUCGGACGCCCAGUGUGAAGCCGGCAGCAAUGCGUCGGCGUGCCGCGGUUCCGCUUGCCGCUGCAAGGACGGCUACUACCAGGAGUCCAUAGGGGGCAACAGCACUUGUGUACCAGGCAACCCUCCACUGCUGCUGUGCUACACUAACUAUGACUGCUUCAUCCGUGACCGACACCUUGUUUGCGAUGGCAGGUUCUGCCGUUGCAGGCAAGGCUACCACACGGAACUCACUGCCUGGGGCUGGCGAUGUGCAGAUUCCUCAGGCUUACAGCGACCUGUUCACGGUGGGGUGGUGUCAGUGUUCAGGAUUUCACCAGCAGCCAUCCUUAUCGCUUGCAUUAUCUUGGGAUACAUGAAACGACGCCAGAAGCCCGACUCGGGCCAAGGGCUGCACGACCGCCCAUUUGGAAGCCGCACCCAUCGGUACAUCAUCCCAUUCCGCCGCGGAGUCUCCCUCCGUGAGGUGGCUCAGCGUGGCCAAAAUGCAAGGACGGGCGACUCGUUUGACCACCUCCUGCCACCCACUGCGGCCUGCAGCAGUCUGCCACCCGAACCACCACCUUACCAUCCGGCUGAGGAGGAGCCGCCGCCAACGUAUGAAGAGGCGGUGCGAGGGGCCCCCGUUGCGCCCGUACCACAGAUGGUGCCCGGAGGAAGUGCUACCGCACAGCCAACGCGACGUGCCUGAGAAAAAGAGACUGGAGAGACCACCACUCAGCUACCAAACAGUUGUCGUCCCUACCUCCGAUAUUCUUUCUUUUUUUCUGUUUUUGAGUCUCCCAUCAUUGCAGAAAAGCACUCAUCGUUGCCUGUCGGGCCACACAUGGAGACAUGGGAGAAAAAGGGUGUCGCGAAUAAAAGAACCAACGCUGACAGACGCAUCAAAAGUAAAAGGUGGCAAGCUAAGUGGAGAGGCUUUCUUCUUUGACGUGGCCACAGUGAAGUAGGGAAGGUUUGUGCACGAACUGCAGCGCUAUUGCCAAGAUUAUGUAAUUUUUAUUCUGGUUUGAAAAGCACUUCAAACUGACAAAGAAAAACUGGUGUAUGCUCACUUUCGGAGGGUAGUUAUAUGGGCUUGUUGGGCUGCGCUACAACAAAGUGGAAGACGCUUUCGGAGUUCCGUAUAUUUGUUUUUAUCUGCUUUCUUCAGUCUUUGUUCAUGCUUAGUACACCGGCUAUUUUCUCCUGCAGUUUGCAUGAGCUGUGCCAAUUUUGAAUAAGGCUUGGAAUUUUUGAGACCCUGUGAUGAGAUUCUAGCAUGUAUUUUAUGCCGAGGAAGCAUUCUUGAAAUAGAGAUUCGUUAAAAAAAGAAAAGCACAGGUGCCGCAAUGUUACAAAAUAUGCUCUUACUCAACACAACCUUAUAUAUUACAUAAUGUAUCUUACCUUUCACUUAGAUUGGCACAGGCUUGCUGACUAUUUCACCAUUUACAAACAACUACCUGCUUCUGCUGCCAUAUUUCUUUGACAUGAUUGUUAAUCAGUCAAGAUGAGAGUACAAGUUCAGUUUCGUAAGUAUCGCUGCUCGAAGUUUCCUUUUUAAAUUCUACUGAUACUCUCCUUCUUCCUGCACUUACACGGUGUAAUUUGGUUUAGGUAACCUAAAUCUCACCGUAAAGACAUUUUUGGUGUAACAAUUUGAAGGAAGCUACCCAGUCAGUACUCGUAAUGGGCUCUAAUAAUUGGAAGACCCCCUGGUAUAAUUUUUAUUUUUUCGGUCACCUUUUAUAUCUUCAGUAGUGCAGUAAUAGAGUAGCAGCAUUAAACACUGACGUUUCUCAACUAGUACCCCAUUAAGCCAAAAGGGUAAAAUAUUGUGGUGCCCUAGUAGGCCUCACUAUUUAUUAAUUUCUAAUUCAUUAGAACUCCUGUAUUUUCAUUCCUUUUCUAUUUAGGUUUUGUUAAUAUUUACCAUUUAUGUGAGCUGUAAGUUUCUUUAUCUUUUUUUAUGGGAGCACUGGUGGGCACUCAUUGAGGUCAUAAAUGCGAGAACAUCAGAAAGUGCGAUGCACAUUUUUGUCAUGCAGCUGGUGGUUUGUAGCAUGGAGGCAUAGCUCCCAUGUGGCAGCCACUUUAAAAUGUUUGUGCAUGUGUUGUGCAUUUCCUUGGCUGCACGUAGGCCUGCUGCUGGGUGCUUCUUCAGUCAGUAAAAAUCACCUUGGCUUUUAAAUGAGCUUUUUUUUUUUUCAGUUAUUUUUACUCAUAGUACCCACAAUGACAUGGCAUAACUUCGCAGUACCACAGCGUUACAACAUUGUCAUGGCAGGACUGUAGCGCCCUCUAGCAGUGGCAUAGCACAUAGCCAGUUAUGAAGGUUUACAAGAGACCACAGCUGCAAUGCCUUCCAAAAGCUUGUGGCUGUUUCCUUUGCUGUGCCACAAGAUUGGAGCCGUGUCAUGCACACAAAAUUGUCCCGCCUUGUCAGUACAUUGAAAGUUCUUAUUCCUUUCUUACCUUGAAUGCAUCGUUUCUUUAUCUUCUUUUUCGUAGUUUCUUAUAUUUUGAGAGAAGCAGGUGCAUUCACAGUGUAUGUGUGACAAUGAAAUUCAAAUGGCAAGUGAGGGCUUGGCUCAAAGUGGCUGCUUAAAUGUUACAAACCUAGUCGUGUAGAAAUAAUUUACUAACAGAAUGAAGCCACCGUGCUUAGGCUGCAGUAGGUUUAAGUCUCCUUGCAAAUAUUUGGGUGUGCAUUUUUGUCCCUCUAAUCCUCCUCUUUUGUUUCACACAUGCAGUAUAUAUGUAUUAUAUACUUCAAGGUCAAACUACAGUGCCAGCAGGCUUUGCCUUUUUUAAGUUGUGUAUCUGUGAUAAAAAUAUUUUUUACACUACACACGCGUACAAUUACCUGUCCCUCUUCUUUUUUUAAGUAGCUUGUCCACUGUGUCAGUCUAGAUAAUUGCAUCGUUUGCCACUAGAUGUGAGCUUGUUGUUUGUUUUCUGUUUUGUUGCCCUCCAGAAGCUCAAGUUUAUGAGCUUGUAGUAAUGUUGCAUACAUGUCGUGAAGUUUUCCUCUCUAUUUUUUUCGCUGCUAUGACAGAACAAAUGCCAGUUUGAGCAAAUUUUAUUCUUCAGAAACGUGGCGUUUGCUCGUAGCACCGACAAAUUACAUAUAAAGCUGCUUUCUUGCUUCGCAGAAGCUCUUGUAUCACCCUGUGUUCUGCUUUGAUUCAGGCAUAGUUGUACGAUAGAACCGCUUCGGAACUGUGUACUGAAUUAAGUACCUGGACAACAGUAAACAAGCCUGAUUGAGAGCUAGGUCUUGUACUUACAUUAGUCAGAUAUUCCUGUUUUUCUUGUGGGUAAGCUUUGCUGUACAGAGAGAGAUUAUAGAAAGGAGCAAUAAGUCUGCCUCCACACCACAACUUUUUGUUUUGCAUGCACAGAUUUCCACAAGUGUCGAUGUUGAGAAAAUGGUAUCACUUGUGUUAAAACUUUUUUCCAUGCUUUACUCAAUAGGUGAAUUUGUCGGUUUGUGCAUUUAAUGCGCACUCCCGUCCCGUAAUGGUUUCUGGUUGUGCUAACACCUUUUCCCUGUGUGGGAUGUCUCUAAAGCGCAACUUACCUGCACAUUACACCAACUGUUAUGUUUGAAAAACUGCAAAGGGGGAAAAAGAUAUGCUUUGCUUUCUCUGUAGGUUUUUGUGCCACGGCCUUACAAUUGAGCGUCGUAGAAAGUGCAACGAGGCAAUGGCCACUCGAAGCAUGUCGAGUGGCCAUUGCUAUUGUGUCUUCAGUUACCAUAUACAUUCCCACAAAUGUAUUCUUUGUCUGUCUCUCAACUCUGUCUUGCAUAACUUCACAUGCUUUCGUUUUUCAUUGAUACAGGCAAACCAGGAAACUUAUUCAUGCCAGACUGUCAUUAAAGCUUUAUUCUCAACCAUGAAA